AUGGACGAGCCGUUGUUACCAAAUGCCCAUUUACCCCCAUAUUUGCCUCCAUUGACACUAAAUGGAGCAAUCAAAGCAACGCAACUUAUCACGAUAAAUGUUGGCGGGAGAAGGGCAAAAUUGCCCACGGAUUUGCUGUGUUCCCGCGUCGAAGGCGGUCGAUUGGGUGUUUUCUGUCGGAAAUCUCACGUGGAACGGCUAACCGAAUGUGAUGCUUUCUUUGAGACUUCCGAUGAGUACUAUUUUGAACGAUCACCGGCCAUUUUCGAGUACAUUGUCGACUUUUACAUUACUGGUAAAUUACAUCGACCGUUGGACGUGUGCCCGUUUCGGCUACGAUAUGAGCUUGAUUUUUGGCGUAUUCCCGUGCAUUUGCUGGCGGGUUGUUGUGUGAUCGAGGACGCGUCGGGAAGGGAAGCGAAAAGGGCAAGAGAGGCAAUGAUGAGCGAACAACACUCAUCAUCAAUGUUCGAAAAAGUGAUGUGGGGAAAGCAGAGAUUGAUGAUAUAUAGAUUUCUCGAAAGUCCCCGUAGCUCAUUAGCGGCAAAAGUCUUCUCGAUAUCGUCAGCGCUUUUCGUUUUGCUUUCACUAGCCGGAUUGAUAAUGAGCUCGAUCCCCGAGCUUCAGGAUGAGCACAAAGAGCCGGUGCGGGGGUUGAUCAUACUCGAGUAUUGUUGUAUGAUUUGGUUCACUCUUGAGUAUAUGGCACGUUUCCUUGUCAAUCCGAAAAAGUGGGAUUUCGUCAGCUCCACUUUAAACAUCAUCGAUUUGUUCACGAUUCUUCCAUUCAUCAUUGAAGAGUUUCUCCCGCUGAAAUGGAUGAAAGAGAUCCGAGGUGCAAUGCUAGUGAUUCGAGUGAUGCGGUUAGCUCGAGUGGCACGAAUUUUCAAGCUCGCUCGAUACAGUACAGGUCUUCGAGCUUUCGGUCAAACGAUGAAGAAAAGUGCGGCCGAGUUGUCGAUGCUGGGAAUGUUCUUGGUGACAGGCAUAAUGCUCUUCUCGACGGCGAUCUACUUUUUCGAGCGCGAUGAACCGAACUCGAAAUUCUACAGUAUCCCCGCAGCGUGUUGGUGGUGCGUGAUCACAAUGACAACAGUCGGUUAUGGAGAUCUUGUGCCAGUGACAACAGGCGGUAAAGUGGUGGCCGCGGUUGCCUCAGUGUGCGGAAUUAUCGUUUUGGCUUUCCCAAUCUCGAUGAUUAUCGACAAAUUCGCCGAAUCGACCGGUCAUUGGGGAACCGAUGACGAGGAACCAACUGCACAACCAUCAGGCAAUCGACGACAAAAGAGCAAGAGAUACGUCUUC